CCAAGAUGUCCGAGGGAUGGUGUUUAUUCAUACCGUUUGCUGAUGCCGGCGGGGCCUGACAGCUAUAAAUACCCAUGGAGCAAGGAAGAAAGAUGCAUUCCUGAGGCUGACUUCGAGAGGUCUCCAAGCCUACAGCUUUGGUGAGCCGGGGACUUGCUGGGACAUUGUUAAGGACUGCUCAAGAUUCGGUUAGUUCAACACAAACAUGAUCAUGGCUUCCAAAGAAGGUGUUCUACUGCAGGACUUUUGUGGACCUCCUAAUAAUAACUCGCUCUUCUGGCCUGACAAAACUUAUGGUUAUUGCAAAGAGACUCUGGUCUUUGAUCUCACCAGUUAUGCUUUGCUUGCCCUGGCUAGUGGCAUCUAUAUUGGCUACAUCCAGCACACUGAAAAUGAAAACUUGAAGAGAUCUCGUGCUGUUCGCGCAAGGCUUUUUGUGUCUUUCGUCACCAGCUUUUUGCCAGUUCUUGGGGUAAUUCUGAGCUUAACCCAUGCAACAGAAAGCCUUCCGCCGGUACAAUAUCUGAUAGAUAGUUGUGCUUUCUUUGGAUGGUUACUACAUGCUCUAUACCUACUGAAGCUUCGGGGAAAAGGGAUAGAACACGUAAGAGGUCAUGCACCAGUCUUGUUGAGUUGGUCUCUAACUUUGUUGUCAACAGUAGUAAAGGUGGCCCGAGUUAUUCGUAAUCUUGCACACGAAGAGAGGGUAGAGUUAGAUGAGAUCACCAGAAUUUUGACAUUCGUACAAUUUGCCUUGCAACUGUUGUACCUGGUGUCACUUUUGCCAUCUCCGAGAUGUGUUAGGAAGAACUAUGAGAGAAGUCAAAGAAGACUUAUCUUUCCGAGCAUCAACGAUGAUGUUAUGGAUGAGACCUCACCACUGCUGGGAAACAAGAGCAGGUCAUGUGAUGAAGACGAGAGCUGUCUCAUCUCGGAUCUUGGCGUUGCUGAGGAACAGGCUGGCUUCCUGUCACAGCUCUUCUUGUGGUGGAUUCAGCCCUUGAUGAGACGGGGAGCACAGGGAAAGCUGAGAAACCCAGAUGAUGUGUUCAGUCUACCCAAGUCUCUACAGACUCUCAGUGUUGAACGCUUCUUUGAUAGGAUCUUGCAUGGGAAUGAUCAUGAGGCUCAGGAAGUCACUGAAAGCAGUGGGUCAUAUCAAUCGACCGAUUGCCAGAAGCCUAGACCCCCUCUCAUUUCUGAAAAGCAGCUGCAUAUCUACAGUGGCAAGAAUGACUCAAAGCCUUCUGGAAGACCUACCCUCCUGAGGGCACUUCUUAGAGCUUUUGGGGUCCGCUACUUCUCUCUUGGGAUUGUUAAACUCGUCGGGGACUCGUUGUCCUUUUCUGGGCCUCUUCUUCUCAACGCUUUGCUCUCCUUCAUGGAGAACAGCAAUGAACCCAUCCUGAAUGGUUGGCUGUAUGCUUUUGGCCUCUGCCUCACCUCCUUAAUUAGCACAUUUAUAUUCAGCCGAUAUAUCUACUGGAUCUUCAAGAUCAUCACUCGCAUGCGGGCAGCCCUGGUGACCUCCAUAUACAACAAGGCCCUCGUGGUAAGCUUAACAGCAGCAUCCAGGUUCACAACGGGGGAGAUUGUGAACUUCAUGAGCGUUGACACCUGGAGGAUUAUGGGCUUCUGCUGGAGCUUUCAUGAGUUGUGGAGCCUUCCGUUCCAGAUCACCGUAUCAUUGAUUCUUUUGUAUCAGCAGCUUGGGCUGGCAUUUCUUACAGGAGUUGUCUUUACCGUCCUGUUGACUGCAAUCACCAAGUGGUUGUCCACCAGAAUGUACAGAUACUAUGGUGAAAUGAUGAAACACAAAGACAGCAGGAUAAAGGUAAUGAGCGAGAUUCUUCAUGGGAUACGCGUCAUCAAGUUCUAUGCCUGGGAGAAGCACUUCAUGCACAGAAUCAAAGAACUACGACGCUUGGAACUGGGCAGGCUGUUGCGAUUAAAAUACCUGGCAGCCGUGUGCACAUACCUCUGGGGCAGCACACCUAUCCUGAUGGCCGUGUUCACCUUUGCUGCCUACUCGCUCCUAGGAAACGAGCUAACAGCUGCCAAGAUUUUCACCAGCUUGACGCUUUUCAACAUGCUGAUCGGUCCCCUUAACAGCUUUCCAUGGAAUAUCAAUGGUGUUAUCCAGGCCUGGGUUUCGCUAAAAAGACUGCAGGAAUUCCUUGAGCUGCAGGAGCUGGACCCAUCGUCCUACUACACGCAAGACUUGAAGGACCCCAACUCCUAUCUUGAGAUCAAGCAAGGCAAUUUCAAGUGGGAUCAUCCAAGAAAGACAGAGAGUAUUGGUACCGCUGGCGACGAGGGAUCAAUGAAGGCUGGCGGACCGGCUGGGAAAGAUGCAAACACGAUGAAGCAGGAGGAGGAGACAAGUACCCUGAAACUGUCUAAUUUGAAUCUGCGGGUUGGCAAGGGCCAGUUAGUAGGUGUCAUAGGCUGUGUUGGAUCUGGAAAGAGCUCCCUCCUGUCUGCCAUCACCGCCGAGAUGACCAAGACUGGUGGGUCCAUCAGCGUGACGGAUCUCGUGGGUGGCUUUGGCCUUUCAGCCCAGGAGGCCUGGGUGCAGCAUGCUACACUGCGGGAUAACAUCCUGUUUGGCAAAGAGUACGAUGCCAAGAGGUACCGGACGGUCGUUGAGGCAUGCGCUCUCCUGGAAGAUAUUAAAGCACUACCGGCAGGCGAUAAGACUGAGAUUGGUGAGAAUGGAGUGACACUUAGCGGGGGACAGAAGACAAGGGUGACCCUGGCCAGAGCUGUUUACCAGGAUAAAGACCUGUAUCUGCUGGAUGAUCCAAUGGCUGCAGUAGAUGCACACGUAGGGGCGCACAUCUUUUCCAAGUGCAUCAUGGGAUUGCUGAGAAACAAGACCAGAAUCCUUUGCACCCAUCACACCAAGUACCUGCAUGGGGCCGACCUGAUUGUAGUGAUGGAUCAAGCAGAAAUUACCAAAGUUGGACAUCCUUCGGAUAUUCUGGAAGACAAACAGCUGCUGACUUCGUUUCAGUACAACGAUCCCGAAAACAACAAUUCAGGCGAAGAUGACACUAGGGCUCAUCCCGAGGAGGAGUGGUUGGAGGAGAAAAAGACGGGAGAGGAGGAUGGCAAACUAGUGGAGGAGGAGGAGCAAGAUUCAGGUGUGGUCAAGCUGAAGGUCUACAAGACAUACUGGAAUGCUGUGGGCUGCCUCCUGGCAUCCAGUGUUCUGAUUGCUAUGUUCCUGAUGCAGGUUUCUAGGAAUAUGUCUGACUGGUGGCUGUCAUACUGGAUUAGUCACUCCCACAGCUAUGGUACCAUCAGUUCAAACUCUAGCGCUGGGGAUGAUCUGCAGGAAGGAAAUGAUAGGGACCAGAACAUUGCUGUGGAAGUUCCCUACAGUAGGAUGAAUGUUACUAGCAGUGACAACCUUACAUUCUACCUCGGCAUCUAUAGUGGCAUAGUAGGAGCAAACAGUGUCCUCACAUUGCUCAGAGCAUUCUUGUUUGCUUACGGCGGCCUGCGUGCUGCCAAGAAGGUUCACAAGAAACUCUUGGCCAGCAUUUUUAAGGCCCCGGUCUCCUUCUUUGAUAAGACCCCCGUCGGCCGCAUCAUCAAUCGUUUCUCCUCAGAUGUUUACGCCAUCGACAAUGACCUCCCAGGUAUCCUGAAUGGCUUCCUGCCUGAUCUCUUCAGCACAGUGGGAUCCUUCGUCUUGGUCUGUUACGGACUGCCCUGGUUUUCCAUUGUGCUGCUCCCCAUGUUCGUACUCUACAUCUGCAUCCAGAACUACUACAGGAAGACAGCUCGUGAAUUGAAGAGGAUUGGGAGUGUGACCAUGUCUCCAAUCUACGCCCACUUCUCAGAAACUCUGGGCGGUCUGCCAAUUAUCAGGGCACUGAGAGCCACUGAAAGGUUUCGAUUGGCGAAUGACACCAAGCUGGAAAACAAUCAGAGGGUGCGUUUCUGCAACUUUGUUGUGAUGUGCUGGCUGUCCGUCUGCCUUGAGUUGCUGGGUGUUGGGAUCAUCACAGCCGUAGCUGUCAUAGCUGUCGUCGAGCACCAAUAUCACACUGCCAAUCCAGCUUUGGUUGGGUUGGCCAUCUCCUACACUCUGUCCAUCAGCCACUUGCUUCAAUCCAUCGUGAAGUCCUUCACCGAGGUGGAGAAGAACAUGGUCAGUAUGGAAAGAGCUCAGCAGUAUAUCACGGACCUACCCAUGGAGCAGCAGCAUGGAAUGUGCAAGGCACCACCUUCCUGGCCCCAGUAUGGCAAGGUGUCUUUUGAGAAUGUCACCUUUGCCUAUCGACCGAACCUCCCGAAAGCACUGGAUGGAGUGACCUUUGACCUUCAUCCUUCAGAGAAACUUGGCAUUGUGGGAAGGACAGGGUCCGGGAAGUCAUCACUGUUACAGGUGCUGUUUCGCAUGGUGGAAAUACAAGGUGGUCGGGUGGCUAUUGAUGGAGUAGAUACGGCAGACUUAUCACUGGAGGAACUCAGAUCCAAGCUUGCCAUCAUCCCUCAAGAUCCCUUCCUCUUCAUCGGCUCAAUCAGAGAAAACCUGGACCCAACGGGACGAUUCUCCGACUCGGAUCUCUGGUCGGUACUUGAGAAAUGUCACCUGAAGUCUGUGGUGCAGAGCCUGGGAGGUCUAGAGGCUCAAGCCGGGGAGAAAGGUCGCAAGUUUUCCGUCGGUCAGAGACAACUGGUUUGCUUAGGGAGAGCCCUGCUCACUGGUGCUAAGGUCCUGUGUAUUGAUGAAGCCACGGCCAGCGUUGACAUGGCAACGGAUCGCCUCCUCCAGCAGACCAUCCGGCAGGAGUUUGCAUCCAGCACCGUACUGACCAUCGCUCACCGACUGGACACCAUUAUGGAUAGUGACCGGGUGCUGGUCAUGAGUGCAGGCCGGGUGGCUGAGCUUGCCAGUCCAGUGCAACUCCUAGAAGAUCCUACCUCAGUGUUUUAUGGCCUUGUUAACAGCCGGUCUAAUACAUCCAAUUCAGUUGAGUAACAGAUGCACAGACCUUUGGAUUGUUUUGAAGUUUGAUUGUUUGAAUAGGGCUCCCUCAAUGACGGCCUUCUCUGUAGGAGAACUGCAACUGCGUAUUUUACGCAAUCAAGCGCGCAUUGCGCAGUGUUGAAAAUGUUCCAAACACGCAUGCUUGUUGCUCGAAAUGUGUUUGAAAUACGACGCAGCCGAUGAGCGUUAUACAAGUUGACGCUCAAAAUGCCGAUGCACGUGGAUGGUCUGUACGAAUGACGUCAUUUGAACGAGAGCUAUACCCCUUGCAAUAAAUGUGCAUUUUUACAAUAUUUUUGUGCAGACAACUAAAAUUAUUCAAAUACCUCUUGCAAGAUCUGUUGCUUUUGCAAUAUAUUCUAUAUUUUUACAGAGUACUGUAAAAUAACUCACAAAUUUUGUACAUGUAUUAAUUUCCUCUGGGUAGCCAUUUUUAAUAUAUCAGUCAGACUGCCUUAACUGUUUCUAAACCGUUAUGAUCCCGUUUUUUAAAAAUGUUUUACCAACAUUGUAUUAACCGAGAACUUGAAACUCCCCCUGCUAAAAAAAAGAAAAAACAAACAAACAUAUAUCGAUACAUUGCAGAAUUUGGGAAGUGUUUUAGUUCUAGUUGCAAUCUGCAUGUUUAGUUGCCUUAUAGAGUUUCAGGUUCUCAAAAAAUACUUAUAUAGAGACAUGAGUCAUAUUUUGUGAUGCGUAAGCUGGCCUACGCUCUUUGCAAACUUUUUUGAGUGAAAUUUUGUGUGUGAAAUGAAGGUUUCUAAUUUGAGCAGAAUCAUUUCAUUGUUUAAAAGUGGACUAUGAUAACAUAUGGCCGGCAAAGUAUGGGAAUGAAGUGAUCAAAAUCUGAAAAUGACAAUUUGUCAAGCUUCAAUAAUAAACACGCCAGUUUAAUCUUCUGAGCCUGUUUAUUACUUAUAGACCAUUAUCAUGUUGCGGCCAUCUUUACUUUUUCCCAUUCAAAUCAAUGCAACCAAAGCGAGGCUGGAAGGAGAAAAAGUCUGGUUCCUUUUUGCACAAAAAACAUUAUUAUUCAGUACUGUUAUUGGAUACAGGGAACAUGAUUGAAAUGGUGGCAGCAUGAUAAGGGUUAAAACUAUAUAAUGUUGCUUGAUUCUUUAAUCAAAUAUAUCUAUGGAAUAAAUUCACACAUUUAUUCUUUUUUUUUCAGUUCUCAAAGGUUCGAAUAGGUCUUUUAAGUUUUUUUUAUUCUGUUGGCCACUGGGUAUGAGGAUGAAAACAAUUAUUAUAAGACAGUUUUCAGGAAUAAACAAGUCCAAAUUCAUUUCACUAACUCAGGUGUUUUAAAGUUAGGUGUGACUGUCCUUAAAAUAUGAUUAAACUGGAUAUUGAUUGAAAGUGUUCUCAAACAGCACCUCAUUAUAAUAUCAACUUCUAUAUCAAGGAAGUUUUGUGUGUGAAAAAGUUUUGUUUGUCUUCAUAAACUAAUGUAAAGGACAAUAGCAGACUCUGUCGAUUCAAAUUUAGGUGAAUAUUCUGUGUACAUUGAAUUAUGGACCAACUUUUGUUGUUACUGAAGGUAAAUUUUAAAAUUGAGCUUAAGUUGGUUUGAAAUAUUAGAUCUACACAUACGUAGAUAAAGGAAUUUUUGUGAAUUUUCACAGUGAAUUAAAACCCAAAGAGUGCUUUCAAUAAAUAUGUGUAUUGAGACUUCA